UCUCUCGCCUCAACUAGUUCUUCAUAUGCGCACCUUUCUAUUGAAUCCUUGUAGUUCAGGAAUAUUUUAUCAGUAUAUUUUGAAAGCCAUUCUCAGUUACAUUUGAUACUGCAUGAGCGACACCCACCUUGAUUUGUGCUGAGCGCGAUGUGAAUGUAGCUUAGAACCUAGGUAUCAUAACAUUUAUCUCCAUCUCACCAUGGCCGUGUCCGACGCAGCAGACCUACGCCGGCGCCGACAACGAUCCGCCGUCCCGGCAAUAGCAGACGCUGCGAUAGCAGCCGAGCAUAAAUUAUCAUCGGCAUUGCUCCUCCUCUGGGACGAGCUCCCACACUGGCGCCGUGACAACGCCUUCAUCCUAUCGGGCUACCGUCCAGCAAGCAACAGCUACGUUGCGUCUUUCCUCAGCACCUUCAGCGUACACAACGAGAGCGUGAAUAUCUGGACGCACGCCAUCGGCUCGCUCAUCCUCGUGCCCCUCGCGGUGCUGUAUCUCUACACGCAGAUCGCCCCGCGCUAUCCGAGUGCCAGCUCGACAGAUGAACUCGUCUUUGCCUGCUUUUUAUUCGGUGCGGCGCUGUGCCUGGGGAUGAGCGCUACCUUCCAUGCUCUGUCCAACCACUCUGAAACCGUAGCUAAAUGGGGGAACAAGCUUGAUUAUUCAGGUAUUGUAUGCCUAAUUGUCGGUAGUUACGUUCCAGCUCUGUACUAUGGGCUCUUCUGUAAGCCUGUGUUGCUGAGCCUUUACUUAUGCGCGAUCUUCCUCCUUGGCCUUGGAUGUGGUAUCGUUUCCUGGGUUGAACGAUUCCGAACACCGAGCUGGCGCCCGUAUCGAGCUGCAAUGUUCGUUGGGCUCGGAGUUUCAGGCGUUGUCCCCGUCUGCCAUGGGCUUAAUAUGUACAGAUACCACUCCCUCAACGAGCGCAUGGGAUUGAACUGGGUCCUAUUUCAGGGCGCACUCUACAUCUUUGGAGCCUUGUUGUAUGCAGUUCGUUGGCCUGAACGAACAUCACCAGGAACCUUUGACAUCUGGGGCCACUCCCACCAGCUCUUUCAUAUCCUCAUCCUGCUAGCAGCGGCGUCUCAUCUCAGGGGUAUGGCAAAAGCUUUCGAUUAUCAUCAUAGUAUCCUAGGAGCUCAAUGUUCACUAUGAAGUAUAAUUUUGAUGCAUUGUAAAUAUACCUAUAUACGAUUCCGAAGACCAUAGACUUUCUGCAACCGAUUCAGUCAGAAUCCAGCAGAAAUCAUGGAGGCCUAAUAUAUUAAAGCGGUGGUUAACAGCAAACAUCGAAG